AAAUCGUCAUUACAAAGCAUUUUGCGAGUGCACGGAGUACAAGUAUAACAAAUUUACGACUAGUUUUCGAUUCAUAAUAGUGAAUAAAUCCGUGAAAAAUGGUUCUUGAAAGCACAAUGCUCUGUUUCGACAACAGUGAUUAUCAGCGGAACGGCGAUUAUUUUCCGACUAGGCUCAAUGCCCAGAAAGACGGUGUGAAUUUGGUUUGUUUGUCGAAGGUUCGCUCUAACCCGGAGAACAAUGUCGGGCUCUUGACGCUGGCGAACUCAACUGAGGUACUUGCUACGCUUACUAGCGAUGUAGGGAGAAUUCUAUCCAAAUUGCACCUGGUCAAUCCAGCCGGAAACAUUAAUCUCAUCACGGGUUUGAGAAUUGCCCAUCUUGUAUUGAAGCAUCGUCAGGGAAAGAAUCACAAAAUGCGUAUUGUCGUCUUUGUUGGCUCUCCUGUUGUUCACGAUGAGGGAGAGUUGGUGAAGUUGGCUAAAAAAUUGAAGAAAGAGAAGGUUAAUGUUGAUAUCGUUAGUUUUGGUGAUCACCAGAAAAACAAUGAUGUGUUCACAUCAUUUAUCAAUGUGCUGAAUGGCAAAGAUGGAACAGGAUCCCAUUUAGUAAGCGUUCCACGAGGAUCGGGGCUGUCGGAAGCUUUGAUUUCAUCACCGAUAAUUCAAGGCGAAGAUGGCACUGGAGGUGCAGGUUUGGGUGGCGCUGGUUUUGAAUUUGGAGUUGAUCCUAAUGAGGAUCCCGAGCUUGCACUGGCUUUACGCGUCUCUAUGGAAGAGCAGCGUCAGCGCCAGGAAGAAGAGCAACGACGUGUUCAGGUCAGCAGUGGCACCGAGGCUGGAGCACAGGAAGGAACUUCAUCUGGUAGUGUCGCAGUUACGAGCCAACCCAACACGGAGGAAGCGCUCCUGGAACGUGCUCUUGCGCUAUCAACCGAUGAUGCAAUGCCAGAUUUUACAUCUAUGACCGAGGAGGAACAGAUUGCAUUUGCUAUGCAAAUGUCGAUGCAGGAUGCCCAGCAGGAAACACCCAUUUCCCAACCUGCUAAGCGACAGAAGAAAGAGGAGACUCCAAUGGAAGUCGAUGAAGACAUCAAUGAAGUAAUUGCUGAUCCAAUGUUUUUGCAAAGUGUACUGGAGAACCUGCCGGGUGUUGAUCCUCAUUCGGAGACCAUUCGUGAUGCAGUUGGUUCUCUCAAUAAAGAUAAGAAGCAAUCAGAUAAGGAAGGAGAUGACAAAAAGUGAGAUGUUCGGCGAUAGAUUGUGUUUUUUGUAGUUUCCUAAAUUCAUAUAUUCUACGUUUCAUGGCAUAAUACUGAAACAAAGAUUAAUCUGAUAAUACAACUCAUACUGGAUCAAUA